AUGGAACACGGCUCCAUCAUCACCCAGGCGCGGAGGGAAGACGCCCUGGUGCUCACCAAGCAAGGCCUGGUGUCCAAGUCCUCUCCUAAGAAGCCGCGUGGCCGUAACAUCUUCAAGGCCCUCUUCUGCUGUUUUCGUGCCCAGCAUGUUGGCCAGUCAACCUCCUCCACUGAGCUCUCCCCCUACAAGGAGGAAGCCAACACCAUUGCGAAGAUUCCAGGGACUUGCUUGCUCCCAGAGGUGACAGAGGAAGAUCAGGGAAGAAUCUGCGUGGUCAUUGACUUGGAUGAAACCCUCGUGCAUAGUUCCUUUAAGCCGAUCAACAACGCUGACUUCAUAGUGCCUGUAGAGAUCGAAGGGACCACUCACCAGGUGUAUGUGCUCAAGAGGCCGUAUGUGGACGAGUUCCUGAGGCGGAUGGGGGAGCUCUUCGAAUGUGUCCUCUUCACCGCCAGCCUGGCCAAGUAUGCCGACCCCGUGACGGAUCUGCUGGACCGGUGUGGGGUGUUCCGGGCCCGCCUGUUCCGUGAGUCCUGUGUGUUCCACCAGGGCUGCUACGUCAAGGACCUCAGCCGCCUGGGAAGGGACCUGCGGAAAACCCUCAUUCUGGACAACUCGCCUGCUUCCUACAUUUUCCACCCGGAGAAUGCAGUGCCCGUGCAGUCCUGGUUUGACGACAUGGCGGACACUGAGUUGCUUAACCUGAUCCCGAUCUUUGAGGAGCUGAGCGGAGCCGAGGACGUCUACACCAGCCUGGGGCAGCUGCGGGCCCCUUAG